CUCCUCGAAAACAUCCUCCGUCGUGCAACACCAAGAGCACAAUACGCCGCAUGGAAGGUCUGCAUCGCUUGGCGCGAUAUGGUCGCAUACAUUCUACGAUUCCAAUUCCGCUCCUGUUAUCCCUGCUCCCCUGUUGACUAUGGUCAGAUAAUAGACCCGGAUCUGCAGUGGCUGCAAGCGUCGGAAGAAGAAAUUGCAGGUCUGGAGGAGAAUGUGAACAUUAUACGACAGGAGACAUACCCGAAUUGCUCACAUUUCUUCUUCCCUGCUCGACUCGUGCAGGCACCCAACGUCUCGGAGGAUACGCUCAAUUUCAUCGAUACAGUAUUUGAGAGCCGAUUCGUACUGGAUAUGACAGGAUUUCCUCUUCAACACGAACGGCGGUGGUUCGACCUGAGCCAGUUCGUGUUCAACCCCUACUUCUUGGAUGUGUUCGGCGAUCAUUUACAGCUGAAACUGGGUAGGUGCGAGGUUGUACUGCCGCCCAAAAUCGGAGAUUUUGCUUUCCCCAGCUCGCUUAGGGAACCCGUCCUUGGGGAACUUAUCCGGUCUAUGUUCCUUACGCAGCCGCCCUGCAAAGCGCUCGGUGUCUACAUGCCAACCUUGAGUUCCAGAGAACUGGAAUUAGUAACUAGAGUCCGCAAUAUGAAGCGCGAGGCCUGGCGCCAUGACGGGUUUCCAAACUUCAUAGUGCUGUUUGAACAGAAUGAAGAU